CUGCUACGGGUGCUGCGCAGCGUACGGAGGGGGUGUAGCGCCAGAUUGCUACGGGGGGUGAGAAUGCCGCAAAAGUUGCUACGAGGGCAAUCCUGGUUGCUGGAGUUCACAUUUACAUGGUAGGUGGGCGUGAGUGAAUGCACACUCGAAACUGAAUAAUAUUCGAUUUCGAGCUUUCGAAGCUGAAUUGAACUUGAGGUGUCGAAAAUCGGGGAUCAUUCCGUGCCGCAGCCGCAAGCCGGUACGGAAGCUACUGGGGUCUGAAUCUGCGGCAAAAUUUGGUUCCGUAGCGGGUUCCGUAGCGUCCGUUGCUUCCGUUGCGCCAAAAAACCAGAAUCGACGUUCACAUUUCGUAGCACUGCCACGUCGGAUGCGUUGCAUCCGUAGCGCUCCGUAGCAUCAAAAAACGUACGCAUGUGAACAGGGCAUAAAGAGAUAGCAUUUGGCACCAGCAAUGGCGACCUCCCCAGCUCUUCGCCUCGCUCAGAGCACCACGCCACCAUGUUUUCCAACUAGGAGCCAAGUUGAAUGCUCGAAUGCUAUCCAUUGCAGCCAACCCUCUCACAGCAUUGCACAAAGCAUGCUCGUCCCCUUCACCCGCUCAAAAUCCCUCGCAAAGAGCCACAUUCAAAGGUUUCCUUCUAGUUAUCCCCUCACCUCAACUCUGUCCCUAGACAACCUUGAGGUUGUUGCGUUUGUCCCAGGGACUCGCAGACCUUCGCAGCAGGCACAAUGCAAGCGGCGGUGUCAAUGCUUCGCCAGCGCCGCCCAAGCGACGGCAUUGACACCGCCGGAGCUUCCGAGGACUGCGGAGGAGCAGACGGCGCUCGCGAAGGAGGCAUUGCAGCGGGCGGAGGCGGAUGGUGUGAAGAGGCAGCGAAUGCAGCUGCUCUUGCCAAUCGAUGCAAGGGCGAGCAAUUUCUUAGACACAGAACCCAGGGACUACCCUUGCAGCAUGAAGGAGGAAUUCGAGGUGGCGGUCAAAGUCGCUUCUAAGAUCCUCCAAGUGGGGGGGAGCGAGGUUCGGUUUCGGAAGAUCGGAGAGCGGGACCAAGAAAUGGACCCCGUUGGGCUAGUGAGCACAGCAGACAAGAGAUUGGCCGCAGUGGUAUACCCAAUUGCAGAGACUUUGAAACAGAUCCAGGAGCUCGCCGGCAACUCGCCCAAUGCGACGUUGGCACUGGUCAAUCCCCAAUGGAACAACUCCGGCCAGAUCGUUUCCGACUUUGGCAUCGGACCCUGGAAGAGGAAAGCGGAGGAGUUUCUGGACACGUUUCGCCCAACUUUUGAACUGGCCGAACAGAGGAUUGGAGAGGCGUCAAACAUCGCGUCGACGCAAGGGGGGGUAGUUCGUCUGCUGCGAGCAUACCCCCACGACUGGCAGGUGUUUCUGAUGUCGUAUGACGGCAACAACGAGUGCGUUGCGACCUAUGAGGAGCGGCCCUCGUAUGCGGAGCUUGAGAGGCUGCUGCAAGAGGUCCGCAAGACGCGCCCAGCCACCCUCUCCGCCCUGAGCACUUCCGCCCCCCCUCCCCCCCCUUUGGCACGCUCCGUCGCUGGGCCGUUCACCGACGACGAGAUCGACGGCAUGGAUAAGUCGGAGCUGAGGCGCGCUCUGACCGCCCUCGGGUUACCCACUGCGGGGCGUCUAGCCGUGAUGCAGGAACGAGUGAAGGACGCGCAAAGAAAGUUUGGGUUUGUAAAAUAAAGAGAGGAACAUGUUUCUGCGAGUUAUUGUAUCUUGAGGAAAGCAUCCGCACUUGAAGAUAAAACGGCGGGUUUUGCAAGGGAUGACGUUGUAAGAAUUGGUAGCUCGUGUUGAGAUCGCGGUUUUGUAUAGUAAUCGGAGCUAGAAAGGCCGCCUUUGUGUGUGCAGGCGGUUAAGUCUGGCGAGUUGCUUUUGGUUUAGGGGCACAAGCGAGGCUGUUGGACUAAACAUCUUGAAUGCCCUUACAGUGGUUGGCGACCAUGUAGCGUCUCGAAGCGUAGAAGAAGGAACAUUUUGUGUUUGAUGUUGAAGCCGUUGGCGCGCUUCUAAGGCGCACCGUCCUCUUACCUUUAAACACACUCCGUCCGAGUCAAGCUUGCAACCAACCUGGCAGAUUCUUGUUAUUGUCGCGCAGGCUCGACUUAGUCUUUUACAUAUCUCAG